AUGGCGGAACUCGGACUGGUGGCCAAUCUUGCCGGCGUGAUUGGGGCAGGCCUCGCUCUAUCCAAAGGCCUCUACGAUUUCGCGAGUGUGUUAGGGUCCGCUUCAAGAGACAUCAAGGAUCUCGCGACGGAUAUCAGCCUGUUCUGCUCUGUGCUGAAACACGUGCAGACAACACUGAAUCGCGCGAAAGCGUAUCGCCUGUCCAUGACCGCUGUGCAAACCGCCGAAGAUAUCAUCGAUCGAUGCCAACUCAUUUUCAGUGACUUACAAGAUACAAUCGACAAGUUGCGAAAGGGAGACGCCAAGCUGGACUUGCUUACGCGUGUGAAAUGGUACUUCAAAGAGAAGCGGGUACUGCUAAUUCACGAACAAUUGAAGACCUGCUCAGCGACGCUGCAUUUGAUGUUGACCACACUGAUGCUGGCCCAGAAAAUUGCCAAUAAGAGGUUUGAUUUAGCCCUUUUCCUCAGUCACAGCUAUGGGACUUCGAUGCUGAUUGAGCUUUACAGAUUGUCGUUAGAGCCCCAGGAUGACCAGGACGACCAAGACUCCCAGGAUCGCCUAAUGACCCACGCCUUAUUCAUGGCACAGCAGGCGGCCAAUGAGCGUCUCGAAGCCAUCGAGGACGAGCUCGUUCUCGAAGAUGCCGAAACUCAAUCGGAUCUCACCACCAGCAUGAGCUACUUAGCAAUCCCUGAUGCAGACAGCCCUCCAGGUGGCCAAAAUCGCGUGCACCGGAGGAACCGAUCGUCUCAAAUAAUCUAUGGCGCUGUUCAUAGCCCCAUCGCUCCUUCGUUAUCCGACUUCAGCAAGCAUAAGCGGGUUUCAGUGAUUGUCGGUGAUCACAUCAAUCGUCUCAGCCUCAUCGCUCAAGAUCCGACGCUGACCGAAAAUCGACUCUCUAUACUACAAACGGACGAGCUCCUUCGCCAAUGGACAGACCAGUCAGACCCACUGGCCGUUUCCGAAGAGGACAAUAGCACUUGGUUAAAAGAUUCGAAUGCAAAAUCCGAGAACAAACAAUUUCCUCUCGCUCCAGGCGUGCCUGUAACUCAACUACCUGGCUACAAUAUGCCCUAUGCCGGAUACCUGGCUUCGUUCUGGCCUAAGCCGGUAAUGUCAGGGUCUCAAAACAACCCACUCCCACCAAAAGCAAUGAGUUCAGGGGAGCCUGCACCGACAGCAAACAUAUUCAAAACAUUUCGGGUCGGCCUGGACGACCCUUGCUAUAAAGUCCUCCCUGCGGUACUGAAAAAGUACAAUAUCCACGCAGACUGGAGGCAAUAUGCACUUUAUAUCGUGUACGACGACCAGGAACGAUGUGUUGGCCUAGACGAAAAGCCGCUCUUAUUAUUCAAAGAGUUCGACCGCCAUGGGAAGAAGCCCAUGUUCAUGCUGCGAAAAGUUGCGAACCCCAUCCUUGAGCCUCCACUUGCUCUCCAACCUGCUCUUCAACCAACUACGCCACCAGCCAUAAAAACAGUUAUGCCAUCUAAUAUGCCGCCUGGGUGGAUCCCAUUGCCGGGUGGAGUACUCUAA